AAGUAAGGGCAUCGGAUUAGCGACCUAGUAGAGUCCAAGUAUUCCCACACAUCUUAUCCGUUUGUCCCGCUCUCGCUCGACACACAAACGUGAAACACUUUGCAGAUAUGCAGUGCACACAUGGCGACAUACCGCAUCGCACAUGUAAGUUGGCGGAGAAAGACUAGAGCAUUAUGAAAUUCCGUGAUAUGGAACUCUGGCAAUGCCCCAGUACGCAGUACGCAGUACCUAGAACCAGAACCGAGCCGAAGCGAGGCGAGGCGAGGCGAACCGAUAGACGAUGUCCGGCGGCAACCAGAUGAUUGGUGUUUAUGUAUAUGGGUUUAUUGAGUAUAAUAGUCCGUAGUCCGCGGCGCGCACAUUCACCAAUUGCCGGCGAUGGCGGACGGACGCAUAGUGGAAAACGGCGGAGUGGGAUCCGCAUCACCCAGAUACGCGAUCCUCGACUGCGAUGGCGGCAGCGACGAUGCCUGGGCCCUGCUCCUGCUGAUCCAUGCCGCCAAGAGCCACGGGAUCGAGCUCCUGGCGGUCACCACACUCGGAUGCGGGAACACCAGUCGAGAGAACGCCGCCCGCAAUAUGCGACUGAUACUGGAUGCCUGCAAGCGAACAGACAUUCCCAUUUACCUGGGUGCGGUGGAUCCCCUGAUUCCCUUCACGGAGGACGAUAAGAAGUAUUUCCAUGGACGCGACGGAUUCGGGGACUGUCUCACCGACGACUGCGGUCCGGUGGAGAGUUACGUGCGCCCGGAGCAUGCGGUGACCGCCAUCCAUGAUCUCUGCCGUGCCAGACCCAAACAAAUCACAGUAUUUGCCGUGGGCCCACUCACGAAUCUUGCUUUGGGCUAUACGAUGUAUGGUGAUAAGUUCGGGGAGAACUUCAGGGACAUAUUCAUCAUGGGCGGCAACUACCAGGGCGUGGGCAACUCCUCACGGUCGGCGGAGUUCAACUUCCACUCGGAUCCGGAGGCGGCACACACAGUGCUGCUGAAGAGUCGCUGCCCCAUCACCAUUCUGCCUUGGGAACCCUGUCUUCCGGACAGGUUCAACAUACCCAUUAACUGGCGCCUGAAGGAGUUCGCCGCCAGGGCCAAGGACGCCAGCCAUCCGGCGAUCACAUUGCUCAACCAGGUGGAGGCCGCCCAGUGGCUGCCGAUGAUCGAGCAGUACGGGAUUGAUACGUGGAACCCCUGCGAUGCCAUCGUGGUGGCCGCCUGGCUCUUUGAGGAUCAUCUGAUCCGGAGGCACAGCACCUGGCACGCCACCGUGGAUCUGCGUGGCACCCACACUCGUGGCCAGAUGGUCCUCGACCAUCUGCGGGAGCGCGAGAAGUAUCCGGAGAAUGUGCGAAUCAUCGAGCUGGUCGACGCCGAGUUCUUCAAACGGAUCUGCGAGUGGAUCGCCGGCUUGGACGACGGUGCCCUUCUCCGCGACACCCAAUAAACCCAUAAUUGUAGUAAAUCCCGCCUUUUUUUUUACUUUAUCAUUUUAUUAGCCCUGAGAUAAGGUCGUAACUUCCUCGAAAAGAACUUGUGCAAUACACCUGUUCGGAGAUUAGUAAGCUCAAAUUUUAAUUCCAAUUUUAAGUGUGGAAUAGGGAAGAUAAAAUGUACAAACUUCACUUUUUAUAUGCUUAUACAUUUUACUAUUAGCUGCUGUCCUUUACUACUUUAACCAUAUUUUCUGCAAGUACCCUUGCAAUUAAUAAAAAAAUUAUUAGUUAAUUACUUAAUUGUACAUAUGUACGUUUAUAGAAACAUUUUUAGAUUAUAAACGAUAAGAUAUUUGUGGCCCCUUUGCUUGAUGUUGUUUUUACAACUAAUCAGUUGAAGUAGGCCAAAUACGCGAGGAAAAAUAUGAAAUCAAAAUUAAAGAACAAUGUUAAAUAAAUGUCGGCCAUCGUUUCUUUCAUAGUAACAAGACCAUAUAUUUGUAUAAAUUCUUCGAUUAUUGUACAAAGGUUAAAACAUUUUUCUGUGAUAACUGAGUAACAGAAGAUAUGCAAAAUAAAUCUGUUUCUUAAAUCUUC